CCCUACAUUUACCUGAAUGUUUACGGGUUAAAAAGCAUCUUGCUCUACAAUUUCACUUACUUUCAUGUAAAGAUUUAUCAAGUAUAGGCCUACUUAUUAGUUACUAUCCGAAAUGUCAGCUGCGUGCUAUUUAUAUUGUUUUUUUUACUAAUUAAACGGGGUGUGUAAUUACGUCAUGCCAGUACGAUGCUUUGACUGCAAGAAUGUGAAAGGAAAAAACGUAAAAGAAACAUGACACUCCAUACAUUUUCACUCCGAGCUGUCUACAAUGGGGCGGGCGUCAGUUCCCCAUCUAUCUCCUCUAGACAGCUGCGCUCUUUUCGUCUAAAUGGUUUUGUUACCGAAUCCUAUUACAUAACCCCAGUAUUUCGAAGCGAAUUUCGGGAACGUCGUGCUGUGAUCGCGAUGCCAGACGUGUGUAUCCUGACUCUUGGAGUGGUGGCCAGCUUUUUGGGCUGGCUCUUCAACCUGAUCGCCACCGGCGCGCCCGCCUGGAGGGCUGUAGGGUCGAUCCCGGGAGUAUCUCUAGGGACGAUUAUCCACCAGGGCCUUUGGGACAUUUGUAUUGAGGUCCCUGGAGGUGGCCUCACCUGCCAGCAGAAGGACGCGCAGUACUUCGCCGAGGAAGUUGUGACAGCGGCAAGAGGUCUGAUGAUAACCUCAGUCGUUCUCACCGGCCUCGCUCAGAUACUGACUGUGCUGGGAUUUCGCUGCUGGCGGCUCACGCCGGACUUUCUGCUCGCGGGUCUGGGCGGCGUGGCAGUGUUCUGCGGCGGUGUUUUUUCCCUCAUCCCGCUUGCUUGGUACACCAGUCAGCUGAAAGUAAUGGGAAGCAGCGGCACGGACCUGCAUGCAGAUUACUGCAUUGUGCUGGGAUUCAUUGGCAGCAGUUUCCAGCUGAUCGGAGGACUCUGUUUAAUGGCAUGCUUCUACAACUUUUGCAGGAUGAGGAGAAACGCUGGAUAGAUCGUGUCUCCGCAGUGUAACCCGACGCACAGGACUGGAGUCACAAUGCAAGGUUACGCUGAUCGUAGCCAUCGAAAAGUUGAACACGGAAAUCCAGACUUGGAUACUGACCCGUAACACUUGAAUACCGACGCGAAUUUCUGUCCGUUCCGAUAUCCCAUCGUUCUGGGGGAACCGGACUAUGACGUAAUCAAAAAUUUGUGAUGCGAAUGCUUAUACAGUGAAUUAUACUCCAAGUAGUUAAGUAGUACAACUAAGCUGUUUGAAAACUAUUGUAUGCACUACUCAAGCACUUUAGGGCAAUGUUGUGAAAGUGGAAUUGAGUGAGUACAAAAUAGUAUAGGCCUAAUCAAAAGGGGUUUUCUUUUUUUAUUGACUUUUACUUAUAUUAAAGCAUAUAACAUA